UGCGGCCCGCUCUACACGGGGAAGGCCAUCUGUGGAAAAGAAAAAAGAGAAAAAAUGAAGUAUGUAUUCUUAAUAUUUUUCAUGAAUUUGUUACCACAAUUUGCUGGGAAAUCUUUGAGACGAGAUGAAAGUUACCCGAAAACAUCUGAAGACGUUAAAAAUGAGAUAGCUGGCUAUACUGAUAUUGCUAAAGCUAUUAUUGAUCUUGCUGUUCACGGAAAAGCUCAGAACAGAUCCUAUGAAAGAUUAGCAGUUUUUGCUGAUACCAUAGGACCUAGACUCAGCGGUUCGAAAAAUCUAGAUGCAGCCAUCAAGUAUAUGUUCAGUGCCCUGCAGGAAGAUGGGCUUGAAAAUGUGCAUCUGGAGCCUGUGAAAGUACCACACUGGGAAAGAGGAGAAGAGUUUGCAGUGAUGCUGGAACCAAGGAAUCACAGCAUUGCUAUUUUGGGACUUGGGAACAGUGUUGCAACUCCUCCAGAAGGAAUUACGGCGGAAGUCAUAGUGGUUGCCUCUUUUGAUGAACUGCACAAAAGAGCUCAGGAGGCGAAGGGGAAGAUUGUUGUCUACAAUGAACCUUUCCUCAAUUAUGGCGAAACUGUGCGAUACAGAUCACAGGGAGCAGUGGAAGCUGCUAAAGUUGGAGCAGUGGCAUCCCUCAUUAGAUCCAUUGCUUCUUUUUCUAUUUAUAGCCCACAUACUGGGUGGCAGAAUUACCAGCCUGAUGUGCCUCAGAUUCCCACUGCUUGCAUCUCUGUGGAAGAUGCUGAAAUGAUGUCACGGAUGUCUUUCCGGGGCACUAAGAUCGUUGUGCACCUGAAGAUGGGGGCUAAGACCUAUCCAGACUCUCCUUCCUUUAACACUGUGGCAGAGAUAGUUGGAAGCAAGUACCCAGAGCAGAUUGUAUUGGUCAGUGGACAUCUGGACAGCUGGGACGUUGGGCAGGGAGCUAUGGAUGAUGGUGGUGGAGCAUUUAUAUCAUGGGAAGCAUUAUCACUCAUUAAGGAUCUGGGACUUCGCCCAAAAAGAACUCUGCGCUUAGUGUUAUGGACGGCAGAAGAGCAAGGAGGAAUAGGUGCUGAGCAAUACUAUCAGUUGCACAAGGAAAAUAUCUCCAACUUCGAUAUUGUCAUGGAGUCUGAUGAGGGCACUUUCAAGCCAUCUGGACUGGAUUUUACUGGCAAUGCUAAAGCUCGGGACAUCAUGAAAGAGAUCAUGACUCUGCUGCAGCCCAUCAAUGUUACAGAUGUUUACGACAAUGCAGAUGGAACGGACAUCGAUUACUGGAUGAGAGACGGGGUGCCUGGUGCCAGCUUGCGUGAUGACCUCAGUAAAUACUUCUGGUUUCAUCAUUCUCAAGGGGACACGAUGACAGUUCAGGAUCCAAACCAGAUGAAUCUCUGUGCUGCUGUUUGGACUGUUGUCUCCUAUGUAAUUGCUGACAUGGAGGAGAUGUUGCCAAGGUAAUAAAACAGCAAGAAAGAAGAUUUCUGUUCUUCAGUAAAGAUUGUGAGUCUACUAAUGCAUGUGGUCUACAGCUGUGGGAAAUUCCAUUUUUCACCCUGAUUUUGUGCAUUAUUAUGUCUGUUUUCCUCAAAGCACAUGCUCUUUUACACAUUCCUGUUUCUAUUUGCUGUUUUGAUAUCUUCCAUUUGUGAUUUUCACUUAAAAUUUCUUCUUUAAGUACUUUUAAAAUUUCUGAUGAA